AGACAUGAGAGAGGUCUGCAAAAUGAUGGAAGGUGUGGAGAAGAUGGAUAGGAAGAAGUUCUUCUUCCUCUCUUGCAACACUAGAACCAGUCAACACUAGAACACUAGAACCAUCCCAUGAAACAAAAGGCCAGGAAAUUUAGGACCACAGAAAGGAAGCACUUUCCCACACCAAUCAAUCAAAUUUAUUAUUACAGUCCAUGACCAAGAAAACAAGGAAUAAAAUCAAUACAAUACAAUACAAUACAAAAUACACAAUAUCAAAAGAAUAAAUUAGAUAAAGCUGAGUUACAAGAAUGGCAAGGUCAUACACAGCUAAGUUUAUCUCGUCUCAUUUUACAUGCCGCUGCACAAAAUCUUGCAAUCCUCUCUGUCACCUCCGCGUGGCGAUCCAUUAAAAAAAUAAGAAACAUAAUAAUCAUCAGAAUAACCUGGUUUGUCUUUUAAAAGAGGUUCUAUCCAGAUAGGAAGAAUAGUCCUAUCAAAGAGAGUGUAAAAGGACGUGUGCUACCGACUCUACAACUCCAGCAUCACAAGGGCAUAACCGAUUCCUUAAGGGAAUUCCCUUAAACCUCCCUUCUAACACCGCAGAAGGUAACGCGUUAAAGCGUGCCUGUGAGAAAGCUCUUCUAUGACCUAAAGCGGUCAGGCGUAUCAAAUAUCCUAGUUUGAAAAACUGCCUAAGGUGUUCUUUGCAGUCAUCAAACUCCUUUCUCUUUGUUUCUCCAUAUCGAGCACUCUUUGCUUCACUAUCCUUUUAGCAGCAUCAGGUGUUCAAGAUGACAGAUAUUGCCAUGAGAACCCACACUUACCCAAGAUGACCUGUUCUUUCACCAGGAUGACGGGAAUUCAUCUUCCAACACUAAUGGCCCAAGGCCCCAAGGGGCGAGCGUGGGGUUUCAGCCAAAAGUUAAUCAGAUAUAACCACGCCUGGGCUUCUACUCUAAUCACUCCAGAUUCAAGGCGUAAGGCGGCACUGGAAACACAUUGAGGAAGAUGGAACAUAGCCUGAAGGAAGCCCACCUGAACAGCUUCCAAUAUAGAAAAGUGACCUGUAGGGAAGGUCUAAAUCCCGUAUAGUAUUUGGGCUAAUAUUUUGGCCUGGAGCACCUUGAGGGCUGCUGGAAUAUGAUAUCCACCUUUAGUAUAGAAAUGUUUUUAACCACAGUUGCACUCCUUUGGGCACUUGCUGCAACAUACUCUUAAGGCAGUUUCCACAACCCUCCAGAGUGAAAAACACUGGUUGUGUGGCUCCCCGGGGCAUCUGGUGGGCCACUGUGUGAAAAGGGCGCUGGAUGGGAUGGGAUUUAGGUCUGGUCCAGCCAGGUGGUUCUUCUGUUCUUAACAAAAAGGAAGGUCUCCCAGUGUUGACAUAGAAAAGCCAAAGAAAUGGUUGCCUGCCCACAAAAGCCUCAGAAAAGGACUUCCAAGGGAGAGGUCAGUGGCCGAAGCAGACGCAGCGACCAGUUAAUCCAGCUCUAAUCAGACUGAUUAUGCAGAAGCCCGUCACAGGAACGAAGAUGUGGGUCAAAGGGAUGGAUGCAGCCAGUUGGCAAAAGUUCUUAUUGCUUUUAACAGAAGAAAGGACACAAAGAAGAAAAGCAAAGUCCAGAGUUUAUCAUCUUUGAACAUGCUAAAUGUUGAAGCUUGCAUUAAGCACGACUUUUUCUGUACUAAUGGCAUCCAUGGCCUUAUUUUCUAACUUACUUUAAUGACCAAGCUGAAUCUACUAUGGUUUGUGUGUGUGUGUGUGUGUGUGUGUGUGUGUGUGUGGUGGUGGUGGUGAACUGGCCUUCUUCUGUCUGAUCCACUCUGCUUUCAAUCCCAAGAAUCAUCUACCGUUUGACUGUCUCCUGGCUUUUCAGAGGUCCUCCCAAUCUAUCGAUGUUUCCCUUGCAAUGCAUGACUCCUCUUGUUCCUGUCCUGAUUCUUUGAUGCAAACUCAGCUGCAAAUAAACAAAAGGAGAGAAACCCAUGGUUAUUGGACCACUUACAUUUCCUGCCUGUUCUGUGUUAGAGGGUUUGUGUGUGUGAUAGUGGACAUACUUCAGAAUAAGUUACCCCUGCUAACUUAGCAAAGAGGCACCUUUUAAUGUGGUGAUUCUCUUUAUUGAGCAGGGGGAGAGUCACUGGCCCUCUCCACCCCCAGCACAGGACCUCCAGUGACUGCUGCUGGUGUCUAUCUUGUUUUUCUUUUUAGAUUGUGAGCCCUUUGGGGACAGGGAUCCAUCUUAUGUAUUUAUUAUUUCUCUGUGUAAACCACCCUGAGCCAUUUUUGGAAGGGCGGUAUAGAAUUCGAAUGAAUGAAAUGAAUGAAUGAAUGAAUGAAUGAAUAGAAGUCAAGUCAACUGCAUGGCUCUAAGAUAUCUACCAUGGAGACUCUUGCCUCUGCUUUCUUGAUUCUGGUGACUAAAUUGGUUGUCAUAUUCAUAUCCACCCUGGAGCUUAGAGUGGCAGACAUGGCAUUUCCCCACUGUAUUCUCACAACAGCCCUUUGAGGGUGUGCUUGUUGGUAUUACCUGGCCCGGAAGGACAGAGCUGAGACCACAGACAGCUCAGGAGAAGCAGCAGGGAGGCCGAGACGCCCAGGACAGCCACAGAUCUCCAGAGAUGCUCCAGGACACCUGGACCAAGUUGGAUGCUCCAUGGACCACGCAAGCAAGACGGUCACUCUGCACAGACUUGGAUGUUGGAUGAGCAGAUGGGAGCAAAAGCAUCACCCGGGUGCUCGGGGUGUAACUGUCUGAUGGGGAGAAGUAAAGCAAAGAAUUCAGCCACGAGCCACAUGAUUCAUGUGAAGAGAUGAUCAGACCGCCCCAUCCAAUGGCUCUGGGUGGUACACAAGUAAAAACCAAAAACAAACACAAUUUAAAACAAACCGCUUAAAACAACAGAAAAACAAAUUUAACACAAUUCAGAGGCAUUUAAAACCAAUUUAAAAACAUUGACGAACAACUUAGAAACCUUGGAAGGCCAGGCCAAACAAGUACGUUUUUAGGGCUCUCUUGAAGGCGAACAAUGAGCCCAAAGUACGGAUAUCUGCCGGGAGUGCAGCAGCAUUCCACAGGCCAGGAGCAGCUGCAGAGAAGGCCCGGCUCCGAGUCGCCACCGGACGAACCGGUGGUAACUCUCCAGGGUGCUUUCCAAGUUGCGAGCCUUACACCACAAAAAGCGGUCAGAAAUAUGAAUGGCACCUUCCCUACAAUGCAGGGGCUGCAAUGUCAAAACACAGGCAAAUCGGAAGCACACUUAAGGGACCCGUUGUGACACUGUGAUAGCAUGCCAUCUGGAGAGCGCCCAGAUGACCUCAACAUGUGAUGGGGAUCAUACAGAAGAAGGCACGCUCUAAGAAACUGCCAGGCAAAAGAGGGACCUCACAGCACUCCGGAGCAAGAAGAGAUCUGUUAGCCAGCAGCUCUGCUUCAGAGCUCAGAAGCUGAAGGGACUACAGGACAAGAUGCAUUUCCACUUCCUGGUGAGCCUUCUACUUUUUCUGCAUGAUGCUGAAUCUCAGGGAAAUACAAGAAUACCACAAAAACUGGCCCAGAGACGGGCAUCUCCUGGAGAGACCCUAAGGAUCAGUUGCAUCCUUCCUUAUGGAGUUUAUACCAGGGGGGUGACCUGGUACAAGGAAGACCAAGACAGAAGCCUGCACAUAAUUAACCAGAGUUAUGAAGACAUGACAGCAGGACAAAACUUCCCAGGUCAAGUCAUUCUGACCCUCAGGAAUGUGCAGAGAAAGGACUCCGGGGUUUAUUACUGCUGUGCCACAAACACCAAGGAAGGAUUCAGAAUCCUGAAUGGGUCGAGACUCAUCGUCAGAGGUGAGCGGUCCAGCACAUUUGGAAAACGGUUGGUGUUUAGUGAGUGUCUCUUCGAUGCCUCUGGGUCAAGCGCUUCCAUCCUGGCACCUUCCUUUUUGGAGGGGACUCAACUUAGUCACCACAUCCCCCUACUCUGCUUCUUCUAUGACGGACACCCUGACCAGGAUACUGUCUCCUGGGAUAUUCAUGGAAAAACAUUUGAGCAGCAGGACGGUGACAUGAUUGACGGGGAAGGAGCCUUCAGCAUUUGGAGUUUGCAGCUGAUGCCUCCAGAGUUCUGGACCGAAGGGAUGUCUUACUCCUGCUCCGACCAAGAGAACAGGAACCUCAGUGCUGUGGUACCCACCAACACAGUGCCCACAAACACAGGAAGCUGCCGUCCCAUUUUAUACAUCGGGCUGCCCUGUAUCGCUGCCCUCCUGCUGAUCUCUGCCUGGGUCUUGCUCUUCAGCAAGCAUCUUGGCAAAGGGGAUGGAGAGAAACUAGAUGCUCAAAUACCCAUCGAGGAAACCCCACAGCAUCCUCUGAUGACCACGAUCUUGUUGUUUUGUGCAUCAGCUCUGGGCAGAUGUCUUCUCUAUUCAGCUGAUGGCAGGACAGUGUGCACACACCCCAGAAAGACAUCAUUCAAAGAGGAUGAGUUUGCUCCCAUCUCUGCUAAUUUCUAAUGCCCAGAAACCGAAACAGAGAACUUCUUAGAACUGGAUUAACUGGUCCCUGCGUCUGCUUUGGCCACUGGCCUUUCCCUUGGAAGUCCCUUUCUGAGGCCUUUGUGGGCAGGUAACCAUUUUGUUGGCUUUUCUAUGUCAACACUGGGAGACCUUCCUUUUUGUGAAGAACAGAAGAACAGCCCUGCAGGAUCACACCCAAAUCCCAUCCAGUCCAGCACCCUUUUCACACAGUGGCCCACCAGAUGCCCCGAGGAGCCACACAACCAGGAGAUGAAGGCUAUCUCUUUCUUCUCCUGCUGCUGUUCCUCUGCAACCGGGAUUUGAUGGCUA